UGGAAACAAAAGAGGUGUGACAGGCAUGACGUUUAACACAUUGCAGAGAUGGUCUCUGGUGUGACAUAUAACAUGUCAGCAGAGCUUUCUAAACAACACCAAUGGCAUUAAAUGGCAAUAACAGUCAUUUACUGUCUCUGUCAUAUGGCAGCUAAUCUCGUCCUCUGCUUGGAAGGUAAGGAGCUCCCAGAACUUAUUGUUUUCUCAAUUUGUGGACUUUUACUGCUGAUGUUCCUCUUUGAUUUGGCCACUAACUGCCAUCAGCUGCUUUCUAAAUCUCCCAGUAUGGAUAGCAUACAUAACAUGUUGUCAAAAUGUCACACCCGUCCUGCCCAUGGUCCUGUCCCCGCUGUCUGUCCCAUUUACACAGACACUGUUUCGGCACUGUCAAUACCUCCUGUACCGGCUCAAAGGCAAGACAACUCUUUAUGCAAUCUUUUUAUACAUAACGGCCAGGCAGCAUAUCACUGCGAUUUUUGCGGCUUGAAGAGAGCUAGUGUUUGGUUUGUGCAAUUUGGGCUACUGUAGAAAAAAACAUGAUAUAGAUACAGUUUUCUGUUGUUAAAUUUAAUUCCUGCUUGAUCAAUAAAUCAACAUGCUGGCCUUUUUCUGUGGAGACGUGAGAACAGGAGUUUUUUCUAUGAAUUCAGCUUAACAUGACAUCAGUGACUGAUGUACAGAUGGUCAUUUUGUGAGUGAAGUAUUCAUUAUAUUAUAUAAAUGACUUCAAAUGUUACCAAAUAGUUUGACUUGUCGUUUCCGCUACACUCGUGUAGAAGAAUAUCUAAUAUUUAGUUGAGACUGUUUGUAAAACCAAGAAUGAAUUUCACAACACCCAAAAAAAGGAAGUUUAGAGCUGAGAGACUAACAAAAGUCUCUGUAAAACUUCUAUUCAAUGUCUAUAUGUUCCAUUUAAAAGAUAUAUCUGUAGUAGGCUCAUUUUGUGAAUGAAGAGGACAAGUUUGGGUUUGGGUUAACUUUAGGGAUCUUUGCCUCAAAAAGAAAUGUUAAGCUUUCACAAAAACUAAAGCUCAAAUGAUUGUGUGUGUGUGUGUGUGUGUGUGUUCUGUUUGUGUGAUUCCAGAAUCAGUAAUCAGACGUGUAUCUCAUAUGGGAUGUGAUGCUGCAGCAUUUUAGCUUAGAGUGAGGGCAAACCCCCCACCCUGACAAACACCCACACUUGACACUUCUUAUCUCCAUCCCUCGGUCCCUUAUUCGAAACUCACAGUUAAUCUGUUUAAAAAUUUGACAUUCAAAGCAGUGUAGAGGAAAUGCAGUGCUGACGGGCUUAUCAGUUUACUAUAUCGCUCAGUUUCUCUCUCACCUCCAGAGGUGUCAUGUUGGCGGUGGUGGUGGUGAUGACGACACUGAUGAUGCUGCAUGCUGUAUGCAAUGGUAUAAAAGUGAUGGUCAGUGGUCAGUUUGAGCAUACAAUCAUCAGGAUUACAACGGCAACUUCUGCUCUUGAUAUUUUUUUUAAAUGUCACUUCAGUGUAACCUCAUUCAAAUGAUGACCUUGUCACUGUGGAUCUGUGGACUUUUGUGCAUCAGCCUCACCGGAGCACAUGAACUCAAGCACUUUCCAAAACACUUUGUGGUGGCAAAACAUAAUGUUGCAAAUCCAGUCACCCUGACCUGCCAUACAGAGACCAAUGGACCUGUCACGUGGAUGUUUGACGAAGACUUCUUAGAUUUUAAUGGUAAUAUCAAGCAGAAUGGUCAAAAUCUGUCUGUGUCAAUGGUAGAUAAGCCCAUGUUGGGAGAAUACAGCUGCUGGAGAGGAGGAGAAAUGCUGUCCUCAACCUACCUGCUUCUGGAGGCUGAUGCGAAAGACGUACCCGAUUCUUUCUCCAUCAAACAUUGGGCGAAGUCUUAUGACUGUAACCUCAGCUGUGAGUGGAUCCACGAGAAACAAACAGCAGUGCGCCUUGGACUUGGCCCUGACUGCAAGAAAGGUAUGAAGUCGUGUCACUGGGUCAGCAGUGAUCAGCCUGUUCAUGGGAGAUUCCAUUUUGAGCUGUCCCACUCCCUCUCCCCCUACACUGAGGAAAGCACCAUGCUCCAACUCACUGCUGAGGCCAUCGUUGACGACUACUUCAUCAGGAAGACCUUUGAAUUUUAUCUCAGAGACAUCAUUAAACCUGAUAGUCCCCAGAUUGGCAAGUGUGAGAAGGAGGGCGAGAACCUGAAUGUGACCGUCAACGCACCAUCUAGUUGGUCAACUCCUCAGAGCUUCUUCAGUCUGGAGCACCAGAUUGAAUAUGUCUUACAAGACAAUGGCAAGCCUGGACUUUCAUCAUCUGCUCUGAUACCGAAGGGGACCAGCAAGCUGAGGGCUCGCUCUCGGGACCCACUGGUGCUCUCAAACUGGAGCGAGUGGACUCCCUGGAAAAAUGUGAUAACAGGAAAAAAGAACCAAUGCAAAUGCAAAAACACUGUAAAAUCUUGCUGCCCAGAGUUGCCACCUGAGUUCUUGGACAACUGCAAGAAGAAAAGGAAGAAAAACAGGAACAAAGCUGCCCAGCGGAGCCAGACAUCUUUUAAAGAAAAUGUUCAAUAAAAAUGUGCAUUGCAUAUGGAGGUGUACUGGUGUAUGAUCACCUUUUAUUUAGGAGUAGUGAAAAAAUAUUUGGAUGUAUUUUUAUGAAGUAAUUACUUCAUCACCAAGUACAAACCAAUUCAAUUUAAUGCAACAGCUGUGCAAUAAAUCUGUAUCUUCAUGAGCAAUUUUAUUCCAUUUUUGUUCAUUUCUAGUAUUAUGAAUUCCAUUCUAUGUGUGAGGGUGAGUUAAGUUAUCAUUUGUAUUUUCU